AUGUUCGGUCGAUCUACAUCAGGAUUUGGAGGAUUCGGUAGUACAGGUGGUAACAAUACAUCCCCAUUUGGAGCCGCCAAUAAUACUGCGACGGCAGGCACAUCACCAUUUGGAGGAGCUAAUAAUGCAACUUCUGGAGGAGUAUUUGGUGCUAGCAAUAAUGCUAGUACUGGAGGUGGAUUUGGAACAGGUAGCGCUUUUGGAGCAAACAAUACCACGUCGGCAUUCGGUGCACCAAGUGCACCAAGUGCACCUAGUGCACCUAGUGGAGGCAUGUUUGGAGCGUCUAAUACUACUUCGUCUCCAUUCGGAGCUAGUAACAACAAUGCCAAUACUACUUCAGCUUUUGGUGCAUCCAAUAAUAUGGGAACGUCGGGAUUUGGAGCACCUAAUACAGGUGGUGGUUUGUUUGGAUCUGCCAACAAAUCGACAUUUGGAGGAGGAUUUGGUACUCCUACCAACAACAAUACUUCACCUUUUGGAGCUUCGUCUACUUCUGCAUUUGGAGUGGGAGCUGGUGCAGGAAAUGUUGACCCCAACGUUAACAACGGUACUGGUGGAAAGCCCUUCACCCCAUACACAGAAAAAGAUUCAACUGGAACCAAUGUGUUUCAAAACGUUAGUUCGAUGCCUGAGUACAAGAAUUUUUCAUUUGAGGAAUUGAGAUUGAAGGAUUACGAGCAGAAUAGAAAGUUUGGUAAUGCAAAUGCACCUGGAGCUACGGCAGCAGGUGGUUUUGGAGCUUCUGCAACUGGCGGAUUUGGGUUUGGUGCAUCGAGUAAUAAUACCAAUUCAGCAUUUGGAGCCAAUGCGGCAGGUACCUCUCCUUUUGGCGCUACAAAUAAUACCACUAAUACUGGUUUUGGUGCUCAGAAUAACAAUUCUCCAUUCGGAUCUAGUAACACAGGUUCAGCCUUUGGUGCUGCAAACAACAAUACAGCAUUCGGUGGACAAAGUAAUUCAGCAUUUGGUGGCCAAGGAAACUCAGCAUUCGGUGGUUCUAACGCAUUUGGUGGUAAUAGCAACACGUCUGCAUUUGGUAGUGGAGGCUCCACUGCAUUUGGGGCCAAUAAACCAAAUCCAUUCGGUACAUCAAAUACAGGGACUUCUGGAUUUGGCUCAUCCAACACUGGUGGAGCUUUUGGUGCUAAUAACAAUUCUCCAUUUGGUGGUAACAACACUUCUGCUUUCGGAUCAAAUGCGUCCCCGGCUGUUAACAAUACCACAAAUCCCUUUGGCGCCAAUAACGCAAACGCCAAUAGUUCACCAUUUGGAACUAACCAAAAUACAAAUCCAUCUGGAGGAUUAUUUGGUGGAGCUAGUAGCACAAACAAUAACGCGUUUGGUGCCAAUAAUAAUAAUGCAUCAGGAAUUGGAGGUUCUAGUGGUGGUUUAUUCGGUAGCGCACAAAACAACGCGGCCGGUGGAGCAUUUGGUGCUAAUAAGCCUGCAACUGGUGGUUUAUUUGGGGGCCAAAAUAACACCAAUAAUACUAGUGGUGGCUUAUUUGGAGGUCAAAGCAACACCAAUAAUACAGGGGGCGGAUUAUUUGGACAAAGCAACAAUACGAAUAGCAAUUCGGGUGGUUUGUUUGGAAAUAAACCAGCAGCUCCAUCUGGAGGUUUGUUUGGAAGUAACCAAAACACUGCAGCUCCUUCUUCCGGUGGGCUUUUUGGUAGUUCUGCUCAAAACAACAAUACCAAUACCGGUGGAGGCCUCUUUGGAGGUAACAAACCUGCCGGAACUACAGGUGGGUUGUUUGGAUCGCAAAAUAAUGCUAAUAAUACAACUAAUGCAUUUGGCAAUAAUCAAAAUAGUGGCACCAGUGGUGGAUUAUUUGGUAAUAAACCAGCUGGUUCUGCAACUACAGGAGGAGGAUUAUUUGGAGCCAAUAAUAACACAGCAGGAAGCUCUGGAGGAUUGUUUGGCGGUAGCAACAAUAAUACCGGAACAACUACAUCGGGUGGAUUGUUUGGAAGCAAUAACAAUACCGGUACUAAUACAUUAGGUUCUAAUAAUAGUACAGGCAGUGGCGGAUUAUUUGGAAGCAAACCAGCUACUAAUAAUAAUGCACCAACAUCUGGUGGGUUAUUUGGCGGAAAUAAUACCAAUUCUGGACUUGGUGGUGGUCUUUUCGGGUCUAAUAAUAAUCAAGGUCAAGGACAAGCGGGUCAACAACAACAGCAACAGCCUUUAGCUAAUAUUAAUAAGCAAAACCCAUACGGCGAUAAUCCGUUAUUCCAGAGUAUUACUGGUGUACAGCAGCUGAAUAACGGUGGUGUUCCAAGUGCAACCCCAGUUAAUGGAUCAGCAACUUCUAAGAAACCAGUUACUUUAGCCACAGCACAUAGAAUUGCACCAUUAUUCAAGCCAAGUGCCUUACCUAAGAAGACACCAAGCCCUGUCGGUGCAAAUAAUGUUCCUAUGUCUAGUUCUGAGAACAAAGAAAAUAUAUUCACUUUGAAUACUGAUAAAGCCAUCAUAUCUUCUGAUAUUUUUGCACCUAAAGCAAGCUUUAAGGAGUUGGUUUUAGAUAAGUCUAAGUCUCCAAGUAAUAAUAACUCAUUACUUUCAUCAGGCCAAACUCAGUACACUCCAUCCAAACAAGUUUCAUUCGUUUUAAAUAAAGGCGAGGGCUCAGAAUAUGAUACUGAUAAGGAUGAUGAAUCAACACCUAAAAUGUUGGAAAGUGUUCCAACAAUUAAUGGAGAAGCAACAAGACUUGAAGUCGAUGACGAUGGUUAUUGGACAUCCCCAUCUAUAUCUGAAUUAAAAAAGAAAUCUUUGUCUGAAUUACGUUCAGUGAAAAAUUUCAUAGUCGGUCGUAAACAUUACGGUCAAAUAGAAUUUUUGGAGCCUGUGGAUUUAUCCAGUUUUGUUAAUUUGGAUGACAUAACUGGUAACCUUAUAAUCUUUGGAUCCAAAUCUUGCAUAGUUUACCCAGAUGACAAUAAACCACAAGACGGAGAAGGCUUGAACCUUCCUGCAAAGAUAACCCUCGAAGGGUGCUAUCCUAUUAACAAGGCUGACAAGUUACCUAUACUUGAUCCAAAGAGUGAAUUUGUUCGUCGUCAUAUUGAAAACUUGAAAAAAUUACCGGGUAUGGAUUUUAAAACCUACGAUCCUGUUACAGGCAAUUGGUCAUUUACAGUAACUUCGAUGUAA